CACGUCACUAGACAUAAUGUUGAUGUCAAAUUAUACUUUUAGCCUUUAAAUUAACACCAACACGGCAGAAGAUCAAAAAAAGGACCAUUUGUGGAAAGGUACCCUUAAAAAAAGGACUACGGGGGUAAUAAUUGAUAAUAGAGGACUAAAUAUGGAAACUCCCCUGUUAUAAGGGACCAAUUAUGGAAUUUACUUUUGAAAAAUAUUAAAAGGAUGUGUAUAAAAUGGAGUGGUCACUCUUACCCAAAUAACCAGAAUGCACCUGAAAAAGAUGAAAGCUACCCCAUUAUCUCUCUCCCAUUUUGAGUGCGCACGUUUGCGGCCGCCGCGUGCGGAUGUCCGGGAGACUUCCGCCGCCGCGUUGGAUCUCGAGAGCUUCGCGAGAGGUGGUGAUGGUUCGUGGGGGGAAAGUAGGCUAACGGCGGGGGGAGGGACGCGGUGGAAUCCGACGGAGGAGCAGAUAGGGGUGCUGGAAAUGAUGUACAGGGGCGGGAUGCGAGCCCCGAACGCCCGGCAGAUCGAACACAUCACCGCUCAACUUGAGAAGUACGGGAGGAUCGAGGGGAAGAACGUUUUCUAUUGGUUUCAAAACCACAAGGCGCGCGAGAGGCAGAGGCAUAAACGGAACGCCGCCGCCUGCUCCUCCGCUUCUCCGUCGUCCUUCAACCACCACCACCACCACCGCAGCCGCCGCCAACAUAUUCAUUCACCGCCGGCACUACUCACUUUGGACCCCCUACUCAUGGCUGUAGGAGAAACGACAUUUAGGAGAGAGGGGGAAGAGAUGGCUGCUAGUCCAAUCAAGAAAAACGGGAACUCAUUUGAAGAGAUGAAAUUGGAAGAGGAGGACGAUAAAACCCUUCAACUCUUCCCAUUGCAUCCUGAAUUUAAUUGGAAGAUCCGAUAGACUGAUCAAGGAGAAAUUAGUCUCGCUAUUUGUGCCCUAAGAAUUUGUAAUCCAUUUUGUACACUACAGAGAUGCACCAACUUCAACUUUUUGUGUUAGUGACUUGGUGUAAUGCUAAUUUUUUUUAACGCAUCAACAUUUUGUGCCAAUGUAAAUUUUUGUUAACGCACCGACAUUUUGUAUCAGUGUGAACCAUUAAAAUGUUGUUGCAUAC